GAACGUAUGCUAUACUCAGAGAGUGAAAGCGAAAGAGAGAGAAGGAUGGAAGAAAAGAGACGUUGGUAUGGCAUGUGACAAUUGGCAGUUACCCUCAUGAGUCGUGAACUUCAAACUCAAAUCAAAUUUAGAAAGGGGAGGAGAAUAAAGGCAUAACAAAGAGAAAGAGACCCCAUAUCCCCUCCUUGCAGCUUGAGUGGUUCCAUUGCAACCUCUGUUACUGUUACUCUGUGGCUAGCAAUCAUGACCACUUCAGUUCCUGAAUAAAUCCUCCAUAAAAUUCAAAACCCAUCUCGCAAUUCUUUUGUAAGCUUCAAUUGUACAGCUCAAAAGUCUAAAUCUAUGCUGGAACAACUUGGAGGAUCAAGUUCAUAACUAAAGCAGCUGAGCUAGCUAAACACUGGCUCAAUUUAUUUGCUUUCCUUGUGCAGCUCAAGCAUUUUCAGAAGUUGAAAAGAUGGAAGCUUUGGUCAAGAAAAGGGAGAAUUUACAGAAAAAAAGAACUGGGUUCGUCAAGUCUUUGGCUGAUAAUGGGGCUGGAAGUGAGUCACUCACGGAUUCGAGUGGUGAGUCCAGGGAGAGCAGUUCGAGUAGAUCGAGCUCUGAGACUUCCACUGAGGAAGUGAAAAGAAAAGGGCCUUCUUCACCGCCUCUGUUGGGCUGGCCUAUAAGAAAAGCUGAACUGUGCAAAAAUUCUGUUGCUGCAGAUGUGGGUGAAGCAGAACAAAAAGCCCAUGCUGAUGAUUCGAAGUUUAAGGAUUUGGCUUCGAAAAUUGCAGAGAUGGAUAUGAUGAGAGAGAGAUUUUCAAAAUUGUUGCUUGGGGAAGACAUGUCAGGGUCUGGUAAAGGGGUUUGCACAGCGAUGGCUAUUUCAAAUGCCAUUACCAAUCUUUGUGCUUCCAUUUUUGGGCAACUGUGGAGAUUGGAACCCUUGCCUACUGAAAAGAAAUCAAUGUGGAGAAGAGAGAUGGAAUGGCUAAUUUGUGUUAGUGAUCAUAUUGUCGAAUUGAUACCCUCUUGGCAAACAUUUCCUGAUGGAAAAAAGCUAGAGGUCAUGACUUGCAGGCCGAGAUCAGAUCUUUUUAUGAAUCUGCCAGCACUGCGUAAGCUAGACAAUAUGCUUCUUGACAUAUUAGAUAGUUUCACCAAUACAGAGUUCUGGUAUGUCGAUCAAGGAGUUAUAGCCCCAGAUGCAGAUGGCUCAGCAUCUUUCCGCAAAACACUCCAACGGCAAGAGGAGAAGUGGUGGCUACCUGUACCUCGUGUGGCAGCCGAUGGUCUCAGUGAAAAUUCAAGAAAGCAGUUGCAUCACACACGGGAAUGCACAAAUCAAAUACUAAAAGCUGCUAUGGCUAUCAACAGCAUUACUCUAGCAGAAAUGGAAGUUCCAGAGUCUUACAUGGAAACUCUCCCCAAGAAUGGGAGGGCCUGUCUUGGGGACAUAAUUUACCGGUAUAUUACAUCAGAUAAGUUCUCCCCGGAUUUUCUGCUUGAUUGCCUUGACCUGUCCAGCGAACAUGUUGCUCUCGAGAUUGCAAACCGUGUUGAAGCCUCAAUAUUUGUCUGGCGUCGAAGAGCUCACUCAAAGCCUACACCUAAUCCAAACCGCUCCACUACAAAGUCAUCAUGGGAGAUGGUCAAGGACCUAGUGAUUGAUGUGGAUAAGAGAGAACUGCUGGCAGAAAGAGCUGAAAGCCUCCUGCUUUCCUUGAAGCAGCGGUUUCCUUGUCUUACCCAAACUAUCUUGGACACGAGCAAGAUUCAGUGCAACAAGGAUGUUGGGAAAUCCAUUCUUGAAAGCUAUUCAAGAGUUCUGGAGAGCCUGGCAUUUAACAUUGUGGCUCGCAUCGAUGAUUUACUAUAUGUGGAUGACUUGGCUAAACAGACUGAUAGAUUGUCUUCAGUGGCUACAGUCAGUGUAAUUACUCGCAAGAAGGUUCCAGUCCAGUAUUCGGUGCCUCCCUCAAGCACUCCUCAGAAAAGAGCUUCUGCUAACUUUUCACCUGUACCUUUAAUUAGCCCUGCAAGGGGAGAAAGGACUCCUUUUCUCCACACUAGUAACAGCAGGGACAAGCCUCCCCGCCGCGGCUUGGGAGUGAGAAGAGUCUUGACAAAUUAUCUUGGUGUUGAAACAAAAGCAAGAAUCUGCAGCAACACAAUGGAAGGGUCUGUUUCGAUACCAAACUUACAAGGCACAGAAAAUUUGGACCGUCAGAAGGACUCAUCACACCAAAAUGGGAGAAAAUCACAUCAAGUUGACCGCUGAGGUUUUGCCCCUUAACUUAUGGUCGUCUCUUGAAGUUCUGGAGGAAAAAAAGUGGAAAGAAAUGAUACAGUUAGAGAGCUGUGCAAGUUUUAAGAUAGAGAACCUCUUGGUGUAACUAAGUAUUGACUCUUAUGAGUUAGGGGAGUUUAAUCUAUUUGUUAAAGUUCCUGGUUUGCA